AUGACGAAGCCCAAGGUCCUUACAUUUGGUAAACUCGAAUGGGCGGAUGCCGGAUUCCUAGCCGACUUCGAGUCAAAAUUUGAUGUUCAUGCGAUUGAGCCACCUUCCAAUCGUGAUGGGGCAAUCAGGGCCGUUGCGGAAGCUGCCAAGACGGCAGGACCUUUUGAUGCAGCUAUUCUUCUGAUGGGGAACAGCGCAUAUUCUCCUUUCGAUGCUCCGGUCUUCGGUCCUCUAGCAAUGAAUUGCAGAAUUGUGGCAUGUGUCAAUGCAGGAUUCAGUGAAUUCGAUCUCGACUGGUUCACUGCCAACAAGAUGUAUGUCACUAACACACUCCAUGCGGUAGCAGAGCCCACGGCCGACAUUGCGAUCUUCCUCAUAUUAGCGGUCCUGAGGGAUACGACUAGGGAGGAGAUGAAUGUGCGCAAAGGAGGUUGGAAGAACGCCUCGGCUCCACCGAGAGACCCCAACGGGCUGACGCUCGGUAUCAUUGGUAUGGGGAGAAUAGGCAAGGUGAGAAUUGCUGAAACCCAACGUGCGAAGUACAAAAAGCAUAAUAGCGAAAAGCACGUGGCACGGAAAGCGAAAGCCUUUGGUUUGAAAAUCCAAUACUUCAACCGCUCCCCAGUCCCCGCCGUGGAAGAAACAGCCCUUGAUGCAACUUACUGUUCCAAGCUGGAUGAUCUGCUGGCUACUUCCGACGUAAUCUCCGUGAACUGUCCUCUCAGCGAUGCGACAAGGGACUUGAUUGGUGUUGAAGAGAUCGCAAAAAUGAAAGAUGGAGUUUUCCUGGUGAAUACCGGCCGUGGUCCCAUUGUCAAUGAGAAGGCUUUGAUUGAGGGUCUUCGGUCUGGCAAGAUCACUAGGGCUGGGCUUGACGUCUUUGAUAAUGAGCCCAAUAUCAAUCCUUGGUUCCGUUCCGCUGAAAACUGCGUUGUUCUGCCCCAUAUGGGCUCAUGGACAGACGCGGCGUGGAAGAACGCGUACCAUGAAUGCAUGGAUAACAUCUUGGCCUUCUUUGCCCGUGGAAAGCCCAUAUCCCCCGUUAACACUCUAGAAUAG